UCCCACCCAUCCUUCAGCUUACCUUCUCACAUCACUUCUUCCUCUUCUCCAAACCUCUCAACUUGUACUGCCAUGGGCCUAAGUGGAACUAUAGAUUACUUAUCUGACUUGUUUGGAAGCACCCACAAGCAUAAGAAGAAGAAGCAACUUCAAACUGUGGAGCUCAAAGUGAGGAUGGACUGUGAGGGUUGCGAGCUUAAAGUCAAGAAAGUUCUCUCCUCCAUGAAAGGAGUUAAGUCUGUACACAUAAACAUGAAACAACAGAAGGUGACGGUGACUGGUUAUGUGGAGCCAAACAAAGUAUUAAAGAAGGUUCAAUCCACAGGGAAGAAGGCUGAGAUAUGGCCUUAUGUGCCUUACAACUUGGUUUCUCAACCCUACGCUGUUCAGUCUUAUGAUAAGAGAGCACCACCUGGAUAUGUGAGGAAUGUAGAGAAUUUUACUGUUACUACACAGGGGAGCAGACAAGAGGAGCAUAUCGCAAACAUGUUCAGUGAUGAAAAUCCAAAUUCCUGCUCUGUCAUGUGAAGAAGAAGAAGAUCUUAAAAUCUCUAGUAAUUAAUAGUUCUGAGGAGUUUGUUUUCUUGAUCUGUUUGAUGUAAAGCAGUGCAGGAAAUAUUUUCUUCCUUCUUCCUUUCAGUUUCAUGUUUUGAUCUGAAGAGUUUUAGAAGGUUUUUGAUCUGUUUGUGUCCUUUCUCAAUUUUUAUGAUUGUAUUUUGAGGAGGUUCUGAUGUGUGAUAUUGGUAUGAAGAGUGAAGAAUUCAACUCAUGUUGGGAAUGAGGUGUGGGAGCAGUAAUGGAAUCAGAGUUUCAGUCUUUGUAAAGCAGAAUUUAC